AUGGAUAGUCCGCAAGGGGAGGAUGCCUACAUGAAGACAAGUGGAGUGGCGGAUGCUUUGGCCAAGAAAGGUAGAAAAUCAAUCCCUUUUGAAGAAGUCUUAACUUUUUAUACAGUACCAUUGUUUGCAGUGACUGUUAUGGAAGCUGAUCAACUAGAAUUCUACCACUGGAGACUAAUAUUGUCUUCUACACUAUCGACUUCUACUGCUAUUUUUGUGAAUGGAAAGGUAUGCAAAGAUCCAAAAGUUGUCAAUGCUGAUGACUUCUUCAAAUCAGGCUUAAACGUAGCUAGAAAUACUUCAAAUAAUGUUGGAUUUGCAGUAACAGUUGUGAACGUCUUCAAUUUACCUGGGUUGAAUACUUUGGGUAUUUCGUUAGCUCGUAUUGACUAUGCACCAUAUGGUCUCAAUCCACCACACACACCCUAG